AUGGAUAAGAAUUUAUUUUUAAAAUUGUUUAAUAAUAUUUUCAAAAUAAAGAAUAUUGCUAAAACAGGUCAAUUAGAUGCAAUCCAAUUACUGAUUGAAAGCGGCUUUAUGAAACUUGACAAUGGAGAUAUGGUUCACAAUAUUAUUUUGAAAGCAACUAAACAUGGUCAUAUUGAUAUUCUACACUUUUUGAUAUCUAAAAAUGUAAAAAUCUCAAGAUUUCAUGUAGAAUAUAUAGAUUUUGCUUCAUCAGGAGGAUUCUUGGAUAUUGUUCAGCUAUUACACGAGAAUGGAAAUCGAUGUUCAAAGAAUGCAAUGGAUGGCGCAGCUGCAGGAGGUCACCUGAUGCUUUUACGUUGGCUUCAUGAAAAUCGCACCGAAGGAUGUUCUGAUCAGGCAAUGGAUUUAGCCGCAAAUAGUAACCAUUUCGAUUUUAUUAAGUGGAUUCAUGAGAAUAGAAGCGAAGGAUGUGGAAAAACAGUAAUGGAUAUGGCAGCAUUCCACGGGAAUAUCGAUAAUGUGAAUUGGCUCUAUCAAAAUCGUACAGAAGGCUUUAGUCAUAUGGCCUUGAUAUAUGCUUCUGCCAACGUUCAUUUCGAUAUCUUUUUAUGGUUGCAAGAUAAACUACCAGAAGGAACAUCAGACCACCAAGCAAUCAAGGAUGCCUAUGAGUGGUAUGAAAAUAUUUACUUAUAUUAG